GUGAGCGGUCAAGCGUUUUGCAACCAACCAAAGAAAGCAAAGCUCGUGCCAUGGCGAAAAGCAGGGGCUUCCCUCUCGACCUCAUCAACGAGACACUCCUCAGGCUCCCCUCGAGUUCCCUCGCCAGAUUCCGGUGCGUAUCCAGACGAUGGUCCUCUUUGAUCUCUAAUCCUCUCUUCCUCCGAAAACAUCACGAUCGAUCCCGAGACAAACCUCUACUUCUCGUAGCCGAGAUCCACGGCGGCAACCCCUAUACCCUUCGCCUCUCCACGCUAAGCGGUGAAGGAGAUAUUCUGAAGUAUUUCUCCAUGACCGUGCCGGAGUACGUCAAAAUGGAGCACUCCUCCGGUGACGUUAUAUGCUUGACGAACAACAGCAGCGUCUUCUUGUGCAAUCCCGCCACCGGAGAGCUGGUGGCCCUGCCGGCUUCCAGAAGGAACGCCUAUCAUCGAUUCGGCUUCGGAUAUGUGCCUUCCCUCGGGCAAUUCAAAGUGGCGAGGUUUGAUUACGGGCUGAGCUGCGACGUCUUCACCGUCGGCACCGACCGCAGCUGGAGGGCGGCGGGGCAUCCUCCCUGUCGGGUCGACGGAGGCAGAGGCAUGCCUUUUCUCAACGGCGCCCUCCAUCUGCUGCCGGCGAGAGCUGGCCCGGCCGACCAGCCGGUUUCGGUCGAAUUCCUCCUCGACGACAAUGGGACAGCUCAGUAUGUAGAUGAACUCGUACGAGCUGUCCUCUUUGUCGGCGACGGGAUUGCAGCAUUCGAUCUCGAGCUAGAGGCUUGGAGGACGGUCCCGCUGCCGAGUUUUGACUGCGAUGAGAUGAUAGAGCUAGGCCGAGGUUGGGAGAUGUUCCUGCGAGAGCUGAAAGGCUUGCUAUGCCUGGGAGUAAGCUUACCUCAUAAGUUGGACCUGAGGUUAUUGAAGGACUAUGAGAGCGGACGGUGGGUGAAAGAAUACAGCAUCAGCUUCUCCUUGUUGCCGCGCGCUUGCCGCUGGCCGCAAGCCGCUCCGGUGGCGAUUAUGGAUGAUGGAAGAAUAUUGAUGGAUUGUUCGGAGCUCGGAUUGCUGUUUUAUGAUCGCCGAGAAGAACGUUUUACAGAGAUAGAAGGUAGCAGAGAGUGCAGUGCGAGCUUAUACGUGGAAAAUAUCUUGCUUUCCUUGAGAAAACCUUCUACCAUAUGAUUCCAACGCGCCAUCAACCUUACCGUCUUUUCCCCUCCAAUUAGGAUACGGACCGCUAUGACUACUUUCUGAGGUAGAAGCAUACAUCUCCCUUUUCAUGCAAUGUGAAGUUUGUCUUUGAUUACUUUCUUCUUAUGAGAGAAAAUUCCGUGACGAAUUCUCUUGGUUUUGCUCUCUUUUGAUGUGUAAAUUGGACGAAAAAAAAAAUUUGUAGUUUAUCAUGGACAACUCAAAUAGGAAAUUGAACAUGAAGUAGAAAAAGGUUAUGUAAA